ACUAGCGGUUUAAUAUAUUUAAUCAAUGUACUGUGGAUUGUCACAGUAGAUACAUUUAUCGCAUAAUUAACUUCCGUUGUAUCAACGCGUUAUAUUUACUAUAACAAGAUGACAGAGUUAACGGGGCAAUCUGAGACACUGAAUGAGCUUAAUGUAGAUCGAUUAGCAAAUGUGUACUCUCUGCUACAGGCACUGGAACAUCUAGAGGAUUCUUUUAUAUCUGGAUACGUCACAGAGAAGGAGUAUGCUGAAGAGUGUAAUGAAUUACUUUCGUUAUGCCAAAUUCUAGAAGAAGCUACGCCAAACGUAUUUGAAGCACUUGCAAAGGAAUAUAACGUAAAAUGUCCAUUGGCAUUGAAUCGCUUGAGAAAGGGGACUCCCGGUAUACAGAAUAACAACAUACAGAAGAAUAAAAGCAAUGAUGCAUAUCUCAUGUUCGAACUGAGUGAACAAUUCAUCACACUGGUGGAUGCACUAAAACUAGGUUGCAACAGUGUGGAGGAAAUAUACCCCUUGAUUCACGACCUAGUAACGUCACUUAGUUGUCUAGACAAGACAAUGGAUGAGUGUAACGAAAAUAAUGUAGUGGGCAGUGCUAUAGAGAAACUUGGCAAAUGGGAUACACAACUAAAAGGUAUGGCAGCAUACGAUAAACUACAAGAGAAUGAACUACGUCAAAUGGCACUGGAUACAGAAACGAUAUACGGAAGUUUCAAAAUUCACCUCAGAACGCAAGUUUAAAAGUGGUUAUGGAGCUACACACCACCAAUCCAUAUAGGGAUGUAAAAGCGCCAUAAGCCACAUCGCAUUUCAAAUUUAAUAAAUAAUAAUGUAGUGGUUCAAAUAUAUCACUAUGUA